AUGGUGACAGGAUGAAAGUUGUCUACAGAAUGAGAGGCCUUCUUGGUGAUGCUACAGAGGAUAUGGUGGAAACACUGGACAGUGGCAAAGGAGAAGACAUCGACGAAGAAGAGGUAUACAAGAUGGCUACUGUACUAGGAAAAGAAAACAGGCUUGAUGCUAUACUGCAAAGAUUAGCUCAAGCUAAACAUUUCCUAAGAAGUCAUGGGCUUGUUCAUGCUGGACUGAAAUUAAUCAGCUACUGUGUCAAAGUCAAAACUAAUAGGCAAUACUUGAUACAGCCUCACCUCCAUACAUUAAAGAUAUUACUGGGUAUACUCAAUCUUGCACUGCAACACGAGCAGCUUGAGAGCAGUGGACUGGGAGCUACUGUAGCACAGCAGGUACUGUCAGUUACUGAGCCAAUACUGCAGGAGGCAUCCAGUCAACAGAGAGUGAUAGUUAGAUCUAUUAGUGAAGAGGUCAGCUUAUGUACCUAAUGGAAGAAACAUGUA